AACCAUGCGAUGAACCAUUUGCCAUAGCCAAAAUCUAAGCACUGCGCAAUCCAAUAUGACAUCAUAGAAAAAGGCACAAAAUAACGCACCUUUCCUUUCCUCCUACGAACCAAAAAGUCGCAUCACUACUUGACUGCCUCACUGCCCAGAUUUCAAAAACUCUCUCCCACCUCUUCCUUCCUGCCCUCCCCCACAAAACCUUUUCGCUUUCUUUGUCUUGAUUCUUGCAUUCUUGCCGCAGAUUGAAACGGAGAAACCCUAGUUCAAUUCCCCUGUUUUCUUUCCCUUCCUUCCUCAUCAAUGAUGCAUGCAGCUCGAUUCUCCUUUUCUUGAUCAUCCUGAUUGAAAUUUUAUCCUUAACUUCUCCGAAACGCUAAAGACACAAGGUCACGGAGUUGAAGUCCAACUAGGGAGUUUUUAUUUUGCUAAACCUACCUUUGAUUAAUUAGCCUUUUUCUUUUGGUCGAAGGGGCUUCUCUAAAACCAGUCAAUUAUCAAUAAAAGCGAUAAAAAUAGUCUUUUCUUGAUUUUUUGCAAUCGUUUAACAUCUGGGCUCCUUCUAUAUUCCUCAAAUUUUGAUGGGUUCUUCACGGUUUUGGGGAAUGAGUUGACCAGAAUUCUAGUGCAGCUCGGCCACCUGCAUUGGGGGUCCACGGAAGUUGAGAACAUUUUACAAUGUCUGACGACAUGCUUAUACAUUUUGCUUCCAAUUCCUCCAAUCAGUCGGAUCAGUCCAACAAAAUUGCCAAGUUGGAGGCUCGAAUGGUUGGCAAAGCAUCCUCUGUAACAUCUGCUGUUACGCAGCCACAGCAGCCGGCCUCAUGGUCUGCCGCCACCAAAUUUUCCGACCCUCCCGAGAGCUUGCCCAAUGAGCCUCUGUCUAGUGAUUCGGACGACGAUGAUAACGGGGGGGAAUUCCUCAUACAAGCUAAUACUCAAAAGCGGCGCAAAUUUGAGGACAAUAAUACUGGUUUGGUUUUUGAACAUGUCGAGUCGGCAGCUGACCCUAGGCAGAAGAUAGUUGACAGCGUGGAUGUUGCCAAGGCAGCUUCAGAUACAAACAAGAGACGUCAAAGUCGUGGUAGAGGACACUCUGGUUCAGCUAGAGGGCGUGGCACCCGAGGCAGUGACCAGACCAAAGUUAAUAUGGUUUUCGUGCCAAAUGGCCAGCUAGAGAAGGAUGCCAAAGAGCCGCUUCGACGUGAUGAUCCGAGUUCAUUUGAGGAGGAGAUUAUGAUAUUGCGUGAGAAAGUUGGAGCUCUGGAGGAGGCAUUGAGGAAAUCUCAACUGUUAAAUCAAGAACUUGAACAGGAACUGAAAAAUGUCAACGAUGCCGAACAGCAAAUGAAGCCGAAGAGGAUGAAGACGUUAUCUGAUUUGUUGAUAUCUGUUUCAAAAGCUGAAAGACAGGAAGCAAGAAUGAGGGUACGUCAGGAUUCGCUGAGACUUGGAAAUGUGGGUGUUAUCAGAGCUGGAACCAUCAUUUCUGAGACUUGGGAGGAUGGGCCAGCAUUAAAGGAUCUGAAUGUUCAGCUUAGAAAUUUGCUGGAGAUGAAAGAAGCUAUUGAAAGGCAGAGGAAAUCCUUGAAAAGAAAACAGCCAGAUAAGGACGGAACUGAUUCAGAGACAGGAGUUCAGGAAGAUGAUUCUCUCAUCCAAGAUGAAAUAUACAAGUCUCGUUUAGCUUGCAUCAAACGUGAGGAAGAAACAAUCAUGCGAGAAAGAGAUCGCUAUGAGUUGGAAAAGGCGAGACUUAUUCGUGAAAUGAAACGUAUAAGAGAUGAGGAUGGGUCGAGAUUCAAUAAUUUUCAGAUCUUGAACCACCGCUAUGCUCUCUUAAACCUUCUUGGUAAAGGAGGAUUCAGUGAAGUCUAUAAGGCAUUUGACUUGGUGGAGCACAGAUAUGUUGCUUGUAAGCUUCACGGUCUGAAUGCUCAGUGGAGUGAAGAGAAGAAGCAAAGUUAUGUACGCCAUGCAAUCAGGGAGUACAAUAUCCACAAAAGCUUGGUGCAUAAUCAUAUUGUACGCCUUUGGGACAUUUUUGAGAUAGACCAGAAUACUUUUUGCACUAUCUUGGAGUUCUGCAGUGGCAAGGAUCUUGAUGCUGUGCUCAAAGCAACACCUGUUUUGCAAGAAAGAGAAGCAAGAAUCAUUAUCGUUCAGAUAUUCCGUGGCCUUGUUUAUCUGAACAAGAGAUCACAAAAGAUUAUCCAUUAUGAUUUGAAGCCUGGAAAUGUUUUGUUUGAUGAAUAUGGUGUUGCUAAAGUUACUGAUUUUGGUCUUAGCAAGAUUGUGGAGGAUGAUGUUGGAUCCCAGGGCAUGGAGCUGACUUCCCAGGGAGCAGGAACCUAUUGGUACCUGCCUCCCGAGUGCUUUGAGCUAAAUAAGACGCCUCUUAUAUCCUCGAAGGUUGAUGUCUGGUCUGCUGGAAUUCUUUUAUACCAAAUGCUGUUUGGCCGGCGGCCUUUUGGUCAUGACCAAACCCAAGAACGGAUUUUACGCGAAGAUACCAUUAUUAAAGCCCGCAAGGUGGAAUUUCCUUCUAGACCUGCUGUAUCGAAUGAGGCAAAGGACUUCAUCCGUCGUUGUUUAACAUACAACCAGGCUGACAGGCCGGAUGUUCUAACCAUUGCUCAGGAUCCAUAUUUGAUGUAUACAAAAAAAUGACCAGAAAAAUGGUCUCAGUAAUGUUUAUAGGAUAGCAUCCCCUUUAUGUUUAAGGGUGAGUUACGCAACCCGACUCUUGGGAAUUUUGUAUAGAUGUAAAGGUUUGUAACAUUUUGUAACCAUAUCUCCCAUUUGAGUAGGGUUUCAUAUCUCUUUUGCUGCCAGUUAAAGGGGUCAUUUUGAACCUGUCUGUAUGUUUCUUCAACUCUGUGGCCAUUCUUUUUUGCUGAAAAAGCAUGAAUUGGGAGGAUGAAAGGAAAGGAAACGGUUGAAAAAAUGUGUUGCAAUUUUAUCCGCUGGUUUCUUUACUUCAUUUACUAGGUUUGUUCCCGGUCAGAGCAAUUAGAACUGAUUGCUCUGGGAUUUCACCCGUCAACCUUACCUAGGGAUACCGGUUGGGUAUAUCGCAGCUUGCCCGGGUUUGAGUUGGCCGCUGCUCUGAAGACACCAUGAUCUUCAUUUUUUAUUUUCUUGGUUCAACAUCAUGAACUUCAUUGAUAAACUUGAGUUACAGUAGCUUUGACCUUAGCUUUGAAUUACAGUAGCUCAUGUUCGAGAUAAGCUUAAAUGUCUAAUAGUGGGAG